AUGUUUCAAUCAAAAUCAUUGUCAUCAUUUAUUGGUAAGGCUGUAUCAAAUAGUUUAAAAACAAACAAUAUUAAAUUCAAUACUAUUUUAAAUACUACCAAUAGCAAUAAACUUUUUACAACCUCAUCAAAACAAUCAUCCUUAUAUAUAUUAAAUAUAAAUAAUAAUAAAAAAAAUGAGAUUUCAAAUAGUUUGAAAACAAUUUUAAAUAAUACCAAUAAUAAUUUUAACACAAAUAACCACUAUAGAAGAUAUUCAACAAAUAGCAAUAAUAACAAUAAUAAUAAUAAUAAUAAUAAUACAAAUAAUAAUAAUCAAAGUAAAGAUAAUGGAGCACAUUUAAUUUUUGAAAAUAGCAGACCAUACAUACACAAACUUUUAUUUAUUGUCAGUGGUGUUCAAUUAUGUUUAUGUAUAUUUGUAUUAUCAGAGUAUUAUUUAGAAAGUGAAGAUAAUAGAAGCAAAUGGAUAUUAGCAGGUGCUGUAGGUUUAACACUUAUAACAUUUGCAUUCUUCCAUCAAAUGGGAAAAAAGGAUAUUGCAUCAAUCCAUACAUUUAAUAAGGGUCGUGUAGUUCAAGUUACUUCAUAUGGCUUAAAUGGUUUUCCAACAAGAAAAAGAACUUUCACACUCGAUAGUAUCAUCUCUUCAAAAUCAAAUGAUAAUAUAAAGUCACCAAUUGUUAAUCAAGAUCAAUCCUUCUUCUUUAAAGUACCAGGUGAUUCAACCUAUUACAACGCAAACUUAAAGACUUCUAAUAUCGCUGAUCCACAACAAUUAGAAAGAAUUAUUCACGCUUCAAAACAACCAAGCGCUCCCCCAAAGAAAAAGAAAUAA